AUGAAUGAUUCUAGGCAGCAGUCACUGUUCUUCAUCACCUUUCCAGAUUUACACAAACUCUGUGCUGUCCGGAUAAUACUGAGUGAAAGAGUGGCAGAUACUGAAAUUAGGAGUACACAAAUGAAAAUGUGCAGGCAAUUGCUAUUUUUACAUCAAGAUAUUCUUACAGCACCUGUGCCUGGAAUAUUAAACCAAAUUUGGGUGGUGAUGGCGAUAUCAUUUUUUAAAGCUGGGAAUCUCAAUGCCUACAUUGAAAAUCAUGGAGCUAAGCCUGGCCAGCAGCCACUGUUAGCCUCUGUUCCUCAGUCUGCUGGGGUUCAGGACAUGUUAGACAUCAAUGUAACAGAAACUCACAUUUGUCUGAGUAUAGAGGUUUGCACUAUCAGGCUGCCACCAGCUGAGCUAAAGGAGUUCGAUAUUUCUCAGAAUAUUUUACAAGAUUUUUAUGCCAAUCAGCAUGCUGUCAUUGAGAAACAUUCCAUUUUGAGCAACUGGUGCUAUGUUUUACCAAGUAUGAAAAUGGGACAAAUUAUAAAUAUUCUCCAUGCCAUACCCCCUGAUAGUCCAUUUCACUCAUUCAAAGAUCUCCAGAUGCAUUGGGAUGACCUGUAUGGAUAUAAACUUCCAGAAGAAUGUGGAAAGAUGAAAAUAUACUGCAACAUCUACUUCAAAAUGAUUGGAGAAAGGACUUUCACAUAUCCUCUCACUUGCAUCAGAAGUCAGCCCGUUCAGUUCUUCCCAAGAAUAGAUUUGGAAGGUGUAUUAAAAAGUUUCCUUUCAGAUUUAAAAUCUAUACUGCCUCAUAUAUGUGGAUUUCCCAUAAAGAUGACAAAUAAACCAUGCUACUACACACAGGAACUCAGCAAACCUAUUAUACAGGAAAGCAAAGUCAAGCCACCCAAUCUGACCACUAAAAAACCGUUCAGGGUUUCUCUGACCCAGGUCAGUUCCACAGGACCUGCCUGGACUCCAAGUCUCCAACCGUGUUCAAUAUCAGCCGACCACAAGGGGGAGCCCCUCAGGCUGUCACAAGCAGGUCCUUCCUCAGCGCCGCUUGGCCAGCCAGAGUCUGUGCAGGGCAGGAAACAGCCCCUGCCUUCCAGGAUACCACAGCCACAGCUGGAAGAGACACAGUCCCAGAGAGGAAAUGCACAAGUUCAACACACAAGUCUAAGCUCCAAUAGAAACAUCACCCCAAAAUUCAUUCCAGUUUUCAAACCUAGAUUGUCACAGAUGAACAAAAAUAUCUCAACACUUAGCAACCUGAAAAGAAAUCAUGUUACAGAAUCUAAGUUGCUUUCACUUAAAACUAGUAUAACACAGGAAAACAAACUGAAAUUAGACCCAGCUAUUAAAAAAAGGAACAUUCAGGUACAUGCUAGAAAAGUAAAUCAAAAUAGCUCCAGAUCUUUGCAAGAAAAAAAUAUGGAGCCCUCUGAGCAUAAGUCAAGACAUUCCACUUCUUAUGGACAAUCAGCUCUGAGCUUAAUUGAGAGCAACACGCUCACCAGCAGCGCGGUAUUGAAGAUGCCAAAUAAUGAUUUAGGUGUGAAAAAAAGCACUAAUGAUAUCCAGGUGGAUGGAAAAGACAACUUAACAAGGAGAUGCAUAGCACAAAUUAUAGGGAAAAGCCACGAGUCGCUAAAACUGAAAAAUAAACCACACAUUUUUGAGUCAGACAUAGAAACUGAAGGUCCCCAAAUACUGCAACAACAAUCAGCAAAUCAAACUGAAGAAGCCAAUAUUGGUGACCACAGAUUGACAGUAAGCAAAAGAACCCACAAAUUGAAAAGAAAAGCUUGUCCAGAGUCUUCAAAACCUUCGAAGAAGUGUCAUUCCAACUCUAGUCACCACAAGGAAUCCAGCUCUUUGGGAAACCAGGUACCAUACUCAGAUAAAUCAAAACAUAAGAAAUCUCUCAUCAUUUCUAAGGCUUAG